GUAGGCUGGUUCCAGUUUUAUGCCAAAACCAGACAGAAAUAAAUAGGCCUACAGAUUUGUCUUCGAGUAUCCCGUCUUAUACUGAUCUACUUCAUUUGACUACCGUCGAACUAGAAGAUCUAUUCACAAGCUAUCUGGAGAAAAUGCAAUAUGAUUGUAAGAAAAUAGUUCGUUAUGGUAAUACAGGUGACGGGGGCUGGGAUAUUUGUGAAGAUCCAUUUUACAUGCCCUCAACAAAUAGCAUUGUGUACUCUUUUGGAAUUGCUAAAGAUUUCAGUUUUGAUGAUGCCAUUUCCAAGCGUAGACAUAUCAGGGUACAUUCAUUUGAUCCAACGAAUAAUAUGUCGGAUCACCAAAGAAGUGAUCUAAUCACAUUCCACGCUCUUGGUAUUGCUCAUUAUACUGGUAUUUCACCUAAAGGCUGGAAGAUGGCAAGUUUAACAGACAUAAAAACACGACUAGGACACAAACAAGAAACAGUUGAAAUUGUGAAGAUAGACAUAGAAGAAUCAGAGUGGACAAUUUUACCAGAAAUCAUAUUUUCUGAAUCACUGACAGGCACAAAACAGCUUUUGAUGGAAUGGCACAUUUAUAAAGACGAAAAAAGAAAGAAAACAAUAAUUACACAUGCGUUGCAAAUAUUACGUCAUCUGUAUCGAAUAGGUUUUAGGUUAUUUAAAUUACAUUAUAAUCCAUUAUGUAGCAAACACCCUAAGGCUUAUUAUAGAUAUUGUCCAGAGAUAUAUUUUGUAAAUAUUAACAAACAUAUUUAACGUUUGCAGAAAAAUAACGUAUUCGUAAUGAAAACGCACGGCUCAAAUACCUAAACAUAUGUUACGAAUUAUAAUAAUAUUUAUUUAUUCAGUAUGC